AUGGUGGCAGAAAUUGAUGAAAAAUUAAUAGCAGAAGUUGAUGCAAACCACAUCAACUCUCUGGAUGAUUUGGAACAGGACCAAGCAAUAAAAUGUGUUGUUUCUUUACAUGGUAGAAAGAUCAAUUUUAGAGCAAAAGAUAUGGAUGAAGCUAUGCAAUAUGCCGAAGAGUCCAAAGGGAUUGAUUACACUGAAGAAGAAGAUAGAAAGCUUGUCAGAAAACUAGAUUGGUAUAUUUUACCUUUGGUAGUUGCUUUAAUGUCUUGUCAAUUGAUGGAUAAGACAACAAACUCUUAUGCUUCGAUUAUGGGUUUGAAAGAUGAUUUGAAAAUGGUUGGUGAUCAAUAUUCAUGGGUUGGUUCAUCCUUUUAUUUUGGUUAUUUAUUUGCUCAAUUUCCUAUUAACUACCUUUUACAAAGAUUUCCCCUAUCAAAAACACUAGGCAUUGUAGUUUUUAUUUGGGGUGUUAUCUUAAUGUGUCAUGCUGCUUGUUACUCAUAUGCCCCAUUUAUUGUUUGUCGUGUUUUAUUAGGUUGUUGUGAAGCUUCUAUGGAUCCUGCCUAUAUUCUUUUAACCUCACAAUACUGGAAAAAAAGCGAACACUUUAUGAGAACUGGUAUUUGGUUUGGAUUUCAAGGUUUUGGUACAAUUUUAGGCGCGGGUAUUUCUUAUGGUUUAGCAACUCAUAAAGAUAGCUACUCUCUACCUGCUUGGAGAUUAUUAUACAUUAUCACUGGUGUAAUUACUAUUUUCCUUGCUAUUAUCUCUAUCUUUCAUGUUCCUGAUAUUCCAACAAAGGCUUGGUUUUUAAAUGAAAGAGAAAAAAUGAUUGUUGUUGAUAGAAUCAGAGACAAUCAACAAGGCUUCAAAACCAAAGCUUUCAAAUUAUACCAAGUCAAGGAAGCAUUUCUUGAUACCAAAACAUACCUAUUGUUUGUCUAUUUCUUUACUUAUGGUUUAGCAAAUGGUGGAUUUAAUAACUUUGGUUCAAUUCUAUUGCAUGAAGAUUUUGGUUUUAGCUCAACUACUGCACUAUUGAUGAACAUGCCUGGUGGUGCUAUUGAUAUCAUUUUCCCUCCAAUUUUUUCCUACUUGGAUAUCUAUGUUCUUCACAGUAGAAUGGCUGUAGCCGAGAUUACAACUGGUAUAUCUUUAACAGGUAUUUGUAUGCUAGCAUUUUGCGAUAAGAAAGCUCCUCGAUUGGUUGGUUAUUACUGUUUCUAUGUUGCGACUGUUACAUUUGCCAUUUUAGCAUCCAAUGUUUCUUCCAACGUUGCAGGUUAUACCAAAAAAAUUAUUGUAAAUGCAGUAUUCUUAAUUGGUUAUGCCACUGGCAAUAUUUGUGGUCCUCAGACUUUUAUAACUUCACAGGGACCAAGCUACUAUGGUGCCAAAACGGCUAUGGUUGUUGGUUUCACUACUGCGUUUAUUGUUAUUGGUAUUAUGUGGGCUAUGGAUUUCUUUGAAAAUAAAAAAAGAGACAAGAUUAAAGCUGAACUUGGUGAAAAGUAUGUCAAAGUUGAAAAUUCAGAAUUUUUAGAUUUGACUGAUAAAGAAAACCCAGAGUUUAGAUACUCUCUUUGA